UGACUUCAUGUUUUUAGGGGUACUCUUGGGCGCAUCGUGGCUGGCGCCCUGCUGAAGGCCUGCCAUGGCACCAGCACCGAGGCCUGGUGAAUCAAAAGCUGUGCAAGUCACAAAGUUGAGCAACCAGAUUUCUCGGCACUUUAAGAAGUGCGGAUUGCGCAAGGCUGAGUUCAAGAGACAAAAGUCGCUUCUCAUUGAAAAGGAGCUUCAAGCCCACUUCAAAGCCAAGCAUGAAAGUGAUCGUGAUGAAUUUGGAGCAUCUCGACCAGCUACCAGCCCACCCGCAAGCCCAACGAGGAGCGCGUCAAGCCCUGCAUUCGCUCGAAGCCCGUCUUAUGUGGAUGAGGCAUUUGCGCCUCAGUCUCCAGGAAAAGUGGCAACGCGCUUUGCAGCCUCGCACCCCGCAUGGAUGCAUCCUUGCGUUCAUCCUGGGGCUGCCAGCGACAGGCCAGCUUCGCAGAUACAUCGAAGGCAAAGACUUACUUCCGACCUCGAGGCGGUUUGGUCGGAGCCACAGGCUGAGGGGCCCAAGGUGAGCUCUGGGCACCAUACUGUGAUGGAGCCGCUGGAUGUCACAGGAGACUCCUUUGUUGCCUCAACCUCGACAUCUACUACCAAAUUCAGGCGACCGUCUCCCAAAAAGAGGACAUUUGCCAAGUCUUCGGGCUUUGGAGGAUUUUUCCAAGGACCUGUGGAUGCCCAAGAAACUGAGGAGGAUCGCCUUUUCGGAGCCACGAGCUGGGAGGAGGAGUUGUUCCAGGCAGCAGAUGCCGAAGCUGCUGCGCUUAGAGCGGAUUGGGGCAGAGGGGUGCGGCCCCGUGAUCCGCCUGACAUGAUCGAGCGCCUGGGAGAUCUCAUGGCUCUACUCGGGCCAAGGUACCGUACCUUGCCGCGAGAGGCACUAUGGGAGAAGGCCGUCGUCGGAAGCACCACCCCUUUGCAGAGAAAGGAGAAGCGGCUUGGUCGCCCUGGGCUUAGAACAAAUGCGAGCAAUGCUUGCGCAUGCGAACUUAGCGGCGCAAGGCAGGAGAAAGCAUAUCCAUGGAGCAUGCACAACAUGCGUCGCAUAGCUUGCCUUGGCCCAGCUGCAGCCUACACAUUGACACGAAGUCAAAGUCAGAGCAGCAAGAAUCGGACAAACAGCCCGGAAUGGCUACCUGACUAUGACCCCGAUGGAGCUGCGAGGGCGAAGUGGCUGCAAGCGCGGGAGAGGGAAAACGAGAAGAAGGCCAAAGCCACUUCACUCGGCAAGGUUUCCACCCUUGGGCCAUCAAUGCACUUGCCGCUGGGACUCGUCUGAGUGACGCCUUUGAGGGAUGGGAGCAUGUCAGAUGCCGAAGGCACAGGAUCGACAGGCCCAAAGCACCGCGGACAACUGGUUGC